GCCAUGCGAUAGUUUCGCGCAGAUGUCACCGGCAAUACUUCAUCGCCUGCUUGUUCCGCUUGGCCUCGGCCGGUGCAUGCUAAACAGGUGUCGCUGAAGAAGGAACUCAAGAGGAGUGGCGUGGUUUCAGCGGUUUUGGACUGUGCGCGGAAAAGCAAGAGUUGGUCUGUCGUCGAUAGAAGUCUGGUCCGUGUCCCAGAAGUAAUGACAGAGGCGUGAUGGAUUCAACGAAUCAGUUUAAAGAAGGCCGGCCGGUCAGCGCGUCCGGAGAUUGCGCGACUCCGGUGGGCGCUGCCAACAAGACCCUGGGCUCGCUCGGACCCCUGGCACGGUCCACGCCGCUCGCCGCGUCGACGGUCAAAGGCCCUGAGGCCAGUGGCGAGGAGCCUCGUCUUUCAGACACACAGAGCACCACUUCCUUGUCACCUAAGCAGUCUAAUUGUGACUUCUCUAAGGGGGAUGUCAUGGCUGGCGACUCGACGCAGAUGUCUGCGAAACUUGCCAAGAGGGAAUCCUACAAGGCACAGCGCAAGCACUACCGGUGUGAGAAGAAGCGGGUCGCCAUGGAGCUGUCCAGCACACUUACGGACCCGUCGAUCAUUGUGCUGGCUGACUGGCUCAAGGUGCGGGGCAGCCUCAAGGGCUGGACCAAGCUGUGGUGCGUGCUCAAGCCAGGGUUGCUGCUCCUCUACAAGAGCCCGAAGAUCGCCAAGAGUAGCCAAUGGGUCGGGACCGUCCUGUUGAAUGCAUGCGAGCUGAUAGAGCGACCUUCCAAGAAGGACGGAUUCUGCUUCAAGAUCUUUCAUCCACUUGAGCAAUCCAUCUGGGCAUCACGGGGUCCCCGGAAUGAGGCAAUAGGUGCCCUGGUACAGCCUUUGCCAGUGAGCCACCUAAUCUUCCGGGCACCCUCCGAGGCGGCGGGCAAAUGCUGGAUGGACGCUCUGGAGCUUUCACUUCGCUGCUCCUCACUGCUGCUGCGUUCCAUGACCUCUGGGCAUUUGCGUAGCAACAGCGGUGGUGGAACCGGGCUAGGCAACACCCGUGACUCCACAUCAUCGGCGGGAGGCAUCGGUGGGGUGGAAGCCGAGCUCUCGCACAUAGUGAGCACUCCCACCACUGCCACCUCACAGCAGCGGCACUGGAACGAGAGUGACCUCGAGAACCACUUCAAGGACCAAGACCUGGGAGACGAUGCCCCCACGGACGACCAGCGCGACGGCACCCAGAGCUUGCGUUCGAGCGACACUGACUCCGAGGAGGAAGAGCACCAACGGCUGACAGAGGACAGUGGAGAGGCAGAGGAAGUUGAGGAGGAACCAGAGACACCGUAUCAGGAAGAGAGCAAUGAGGAACUUGGAGAGGCGGGUGAUGCAGGCCAGACAGAGGAGGUUGCGGAGGAAAAUCGCAGCCUCAUCUGGGCCCUGGUGAAGCAGGUUCGGCCAGGCAUGGACCUGUCCAAAGUGGUGCUGCCCACCUUCAUCCUUGAGCCGCGGUCUUUCCUCGACAAGCUCGCUGACUACUACUACCAUGCUGACAUCUUGUCCAAGGCUGUUCAGGAAGACGACCCCUUGACACGGAUGAAGCUGGUGGUGCAGUGGUACCUAUCCGGUUUCUAUAAGAAGCCCAAGGGCCUUAAGAAGCCCUACAACCCCAUUCUUGGCGAAGUGUUUCGCUGCUGUUGGAAGCACCCAGAGACGGGCAGCCGAACCUUCUACAUUGCUGAGCAGGUCUCUCAUCACCCGCCAAUUUCUUCCUUCUACGUGAGCAACCGACCAGAUGGCUUCUGCAUCAGUGGAACAAUUUUGGCAAAGUCAAAGUUCUAUGGCAACUCACUAUCGGCAAUUCUGGAAGGCACAGCGCAGUUGUCCUUUUUGACGAGAGGCGAGACGUACACAAUCACCAUGCCGUACGCUCACUGCAAGGGCAUCCUCAUGGGCACCCUUACCAUGGAGCUCGGAGGCAAGGUGAACAUCGUAUCGGAGAAGACGGGCUACCGCACCGAACUCGAGUUCAAACUCAAGCCAUUCCUAGGUGGGCCUGAGUUGUGCAACUUGGUGACGGGGAAGGUGAAGCUAGGCAAGGAGACCUUGUUUCUCAUCCAGGGUCAUUGGGAUGGGCAGAUUUUCCUGCGAGACAAGAGGACACAGGAGGAGCAGGUGCUGUGGCACCCAACCCAGGAAGUGAAGUCGAAACGGCUAAAACGAUCCACAGUGCCCUUGGAGAUUCAGCAAGAUUAUGAAUCCGAAAGGCUGUGGCAGCACGUGUCGGCAGCCAUAGUACGUGGGGACCAGGUGGCAGCCACUGAGGAGAAGACUAUCCUGGAAGAGGCGCAGCGCAGAAGCACCAAGGAGAGACAAGCACGCAUGGAAGCUUGGAUGCCCCGCUUCUUCAUCCAGGACCUGCUCACGGGUGACUACCUCUACAAGCACGCCGACUCCCGCCCAUGGGACCCUCGAAAUGACGUUGUUCAGUUUGAGCGGAACGGAGUGAUUCAGAGCAAGACUCGACAUCAGACACCCAUCGUGCCCUCGGGGGGCAGUCUCGUCAGCAUUGAGGGGAGCCCUCCUGAGAGUCAGGGUGGCCUGCGCAGGCGCAUCUUGCACUCGAGCCCGCGGCAGGUGGCUGCUCACCUCACUCAUCGCCACCAUCACCACCACAGGCACCAGCAGCAACAACCGGGCUCAGCUUCUGCGAGUUCCAAGAAAGAUAGAAAGAAGAAAGUCGCUGUUGGACAUCUCCACAGUGGCAGCUCCUCGGCUGAGCGAGGCGCCUGCUUCUCCUGUGAUUCCACUGACAGCGAAGCGCUGGCAGCAGAGGCAGGCAAAGGGGUAGCAGCACGGUUGGGUCUGCAGCCAAGCCGAGCAGUGCUGUCGGGCAGCUCCAUAUCUCAAUCCCUGGGUCCCGCCCUGGCUCCUCUGCAGCGCUCCCUGGAGGAGGCAAACACCACCCUGAACACGUUACAGCGACACCUUGAGCAUGUGCUGCUGCAGCAGCGGCAGCUUGAACACCGGCUAAGCCAGCGCAACGACGUCACACCCGUGGUCCUCGUUGUGUUUGUCCUGCUCGCAUUACAUCUUUUACUCUGGGGCUGGUUAACCUCCUGAUCGCGCUCGGCUGGCUAUGUUGUCUGACCUGCAAGGACAGGGAUAUUCUUUCCAGAUGUCUGCUUGUGAUUGCCAGUGUAGCAUGCUUUGCAUGCAGUGUAUGAUACUGGUAUUGGUACUGCAGUAGUACUGGUACCUUGUACACAGUGCUGUGAUCACCCAUGUAGCACACCCUGCCUGCAGAGUAUGAUAUUGGUAUCAGUGGUGCCGGUACUAUGAUGGUACCAAUACCUAUUGUACCGAUGCAAGGUACACAGUGCUGUGAUCACCAGUGUAGCUGCCCCACAUGUGUAUGAUAUUGGUACCAGUGGCUUUGGUACUGCAGUGGUACCAAUUCUUGGUGGUACACAGUGCAUGGCACGAGUGUGGCUGCAGCAUUGUACCAGUAACCUUGAAAGUUCCAUAGCCAUCGUGCAUGCGACAACACUAAGCUAAGGAAGGCGAGUGUGGUAGACUUCCACACCCUCCUCUGCUUCGUAGAGCCGCGGAUACAGUGGGGGUACCAGUACACAGCUUGACGUCUGCUCUGGUCACACAGAUGCUGGCUAUGGAAUUUUUGAGGUGGACUGGGUCACUUUCUGCCUGUACAAAGGCUGAUGGAAGCUUAGGAAAAGGGGCAUUGGACCCGUAGUUUAUUUUGUACAUAGGAAUAGGGUUCUGCAAGUGUGGGUGUGGUAUAAUUGCAAGUGUAAGAGUAAGUGUAGAUCUUGAAUGUAGGCGCAUCGUGAACUUGGCUGUGUCACUGUACCCCUCAGUACUGCCAGGAAGAGUGUGUGGUUUCUCAGGGCAAAAGCUGCGUGGUGUGAAUAAGUAAGAGGAGACCUGUGCCCUGUGUUAUAUAAAUAUAAGGUGAGCUUUUCAAUUAUGGCAACUGCCCUUACGUACCAGCCGCUCUGUGCCAUCUGGUUCUGGACAUUGCUGUCAGAAGGACAGCUCUGCUCUAUGGUAAUAGCACCCUGAGUGCUUGGAAACCAGUGCUGACCACUUCAGUUGGGCCAUUGUACAUAAGGAAAGAAAUGCAACCAUCAGUGUUACUGCUGCAAUUAGCUACAUGACACCACUGCAUUUAGUGUGGCUCAGCUUUCUUUUGUUAGCUGGGGAAGAAAAUUGAACUUCUUGGCCAACCUCCUGCACAUGAUAAAACAGCUUUAGAUAUCAUGGGCAUUUUGAGUGUGCACCUGUGGCACCACUGUGUGGUUUAGUUGAAGCAAAAGGUCCUCCCUCCCCCUUUUUUCUCCAGUGUGAAUGAAAGUAUUUUAGGUGUUCAGAAAAUACGCUAAAGUUGAUGGGCUGAGUAUUCAUCACUGAAAGAACGCCCCAAGUGAAGAGAUUGGAUGGGGGAUUUAUGGAAGGUUCAUCACUACACAGCUUGUAACUUUAGUUCGGUGUGACAAAAAGAAAAGAAAAAGCGAACAAGCAAACGAAACGAAACAAAAUCGCUUGUCAAAACUGUCUUCACGCACAUGGAGGCACGUGUCUGAGAAGCAUUCUGUUAUGGGCUCAUCUUUUUUGUGUACCUGGAACUGCAAUGAAUGGCAUUGAAUACAUUCCGUAGAGGAAACAGAUUCUGCAAUUGUGACUGCACUUAGCACCUCUCUCUGUGGUCAAGGCACUGCUGCAUUUCUGGGGCUCUGCAACCAAAUUUGGAACGUGAGAAUGUCGCCCACCUUUUGUUCUCAAAUAUGCGAACUAUCAAACAAGUAUGGUGGUUGCGAGUCUCUUGGAAUGUCUUCACAGCAUACACGCUUGUUCAUGGUGGUACAGCAUGCACUCAUUGGCUUGCUCCUGGUGGUAGUAGGCUUAGUCCCAUGCUAAUUUGAUGAACAGCAGCAACUUGAAUAUGUUGCAUACUUAGUUGACUAUACUUAUCGGAUUAGUGUAAGAGCGGUAAUGAGAAAUUCAGCAUUAAUUCCUAGAUUCAAUUGUAUAACUGUGCUAUAGAGUGCUUUAAAAAAAGAAAACAGCGCAUUCCCUGCCCUAUGUGAGCUCAAUGUGCAAUGUAAAGUGAUUGCAGCAGCCAGGCUCAUCCUUAUGACGGCACUGUCAAAAGAAACUGUCGGUUGUGAUAAGGCCACAUAUUCUGGCUAGGGCCUGAAAGCAGCAUUGGUAGGGUCACUGUAGACUCUCAAAAAUGCACGAGAUUCGAACACGGAAUAGAGGUAGUUUUUUUAAGGGAGAGGGAGGGGGUAAUUCUUUACAUAAAUUAUGCUGCUUGUAAGCACACGGAGCGUGCAAUACCAAUACAGGUAGGCCUGAAGCUUCCUCAGAACAUGGUCAACACACUGACUAUAGAAAGGCUUUAAUAGAGCUCUUUCCAACACGCAUUUCUCUGUUACCUUUAAAUCACAGCACAAAGUAAGCUUAGUUUAUUUUUUCCUCAAUUUUUUUAGGAUGAUGUACCAUAUUUGCACGUAAACAAUGCAGGCACAACUGUAAUGUGAGAGGGGACUCUUGAUCUCUCAGAACAAGAAAAAAUAUUAUACAGUAGACUUCACUUAAUUCGAUUUUUCAGUUAAUUUGAUCCUGACCAGAGAUCCCAGCCAGUGCCUAUGCAUUUAUAUGAGCCCAUACUUUCGUUAUUUUGAUCCUAAGAUUAGCCUUUGCUGGAUAAUCUGAACCUGACCAGUCAGCAUGCACGUGCCCGACUCCCAGUGUCUGACUGACUCCCAGUGCCCGACUCCCAGUGGCAGUGUCUGCCUUGGCAGAGCUUAGACGACAGUGAACGUGGGACCACAUGCCACAGAACACAUUUUUGGCCCUCCCCAGGAAGAUUUUCAAACCAUAGCCGUAGAUCACAAUGUCUGGUUACGGUAUUUACCGGAUUCUAAUGCGCAUCCUUCUUUUUUUUUUCCAGAAAGUUGGUGCAAAAAUUGCUUGCGUGGUGCAGUCGAUACCAAACCAAAACCACCUUCGUGGCAUUCGGAUGCUUUACCGAAUAACACGGGCGUGGUAAAGCUAGAUGAUUUCAAAAUUGGCAGUGAAGCAGACUUUAAUAAAAAAGAACAAAUGUGGCCGUUGUGCAACACAUAUUAGACCCUUGCCCACUUUUUCUCAAGAAAAUGGGGUAUAUGUUAGAUUUCUACUUUGUCUAGGAGCUUUAAUGCCAUUUAUAGGCUAGUUUUCUACGUUAGACACAUAGAAAAUGGGUGUGCGUCUGAUUUGGGACAUGUAAUAAUCGAGCAAAUACUGCCAAAUGAAUUGGUGGUGUUUUGGCGUUUUUUCUGCAUCUUGUUCAAUUCGACCUGCCCAAUAUUUCGAUAAAUUUCGUCAAUUGCAUCAGGGUUGAAUUAACGAAAGUCGACUGUAUUACGAUUAUAAUGGGAAUAAUGUCGUAGUGAAAUGGGCAAUGACGUGUAGAAGUGGAUGGCCACAAGGGUUUAUGCAUUGUUACAGCUAACUGCCGUCGAAAAACAAAGUGAAAAGACAGCUGCUGACAUGCACCAAGGUUACUGGAAACGCAGGACUUCAGAAAUGCCCUUGACACUAUUGAACACGACAAAGCCUUUCAUAGAUUGCACGGUCUUCCACCGCAUGACUUCAAAGACCACUGGCUUGACGCGAUUGCACACCGGUGCCAGUUGCCUUGCUCGAAGUUGGGAUUUGUACACAGUGACCACAUUGGUGCAGUACUAACAGACUUCUAAAUCGGGAGAAGAAAGAUUUUGAAAUGCAUAGUGGCAACUCCUGGCAUUGGUGGCACGUGUGGGAGGGCUGCAUAUGCAGUGGCAGUUGUGGUGGUGCCUGUUGGUUUAGCUCAUUGCAGUUUGAAACGCUAAAGAAAAGAAAAUUUAAAAAAAACUUUAUAUUUGUACCAUGAACCUGAAUGUAACGCGAGGUGUGUUCUGAGGCCAGCAAUUCAGAAAAAAGAUUUUGUUGUGUUCGUGCAAAUAUGUUAAUAUCCCAGUUACACAGGGAACUUUCGAUCGUGAUUGAGUUUAUUGACAUCAAAUUACAUGAUCGUGUAUGGCUAUUUUGUGCUUGCUGCAGAAGGGAGCUGCAGAAGAGAAAUUCGAUCCCUAUCAGGCUUGAUCGGGAUCAAAAGUGCCCCGUGUGGCUGGGGUAUAAGUAUGAUUAUCUGUGCAUAACAAAAGAUCCUGUUCUGCUCUGAGGUGGAUCCAAUUUAUUGAUUUUGCCGUCCUUGAAAAGUCUUUUCCUUUCUACCUGAUCUGCCAGCCAUAUCUUCAUAGAUACAGAAUGAAUUCUGUAUUUUGUAAGGGCGUGUACUUUCUUAUUGAAGUUUACAGGUUUAAACAUGAACGUAAUGUGCAGUGCUUCGUGCUUCUUUAUGGCUUGAUUUUGUAGAAUCUGAGGAGACAGCUGGCACGUCUUUUUACCACUAAAGUAGCUAAAGCUCAGCAUGAUGGUCACUGUGACCAAACAAAUGCUGCAAAAAAGAUUUUCACUGAAACCAGCACAAAUAUAUGCAUUACUAUUAUGCAUGGUAACUUCACACUGCAAUCAUGCUUCUGUGCAAAACAUGCAAGGGGAAAACACCCCAUUUGCCAUUAACAGUUGAUGACUACGUACUUGUUUAAGGCAUGUUUGCUGCUAAUGAAGAAAUUACGUUUUAUAAAUUGUGUGGAGAAUAGAGCCCCAGUUCGGGCACAAAUGAGCCAAGCUGUGAACGAAGUUUCAGUGAGCGCAAUAGUUUUGAAUGAUAAACUAACACAUGGUCGUGUUCCUCAUAAGGGAUGGCAGGGUGACACACAAUGCUUAUUGAAAGAACUUGCAAGUGCAAUGGUCUUGUCGAGCAGGCUGUGGGCGGUAGCAGUUCGUGUGAUGCCAGUCAUGGCUGUGUACUUUGUGAAUGUAGACAAAGUAUUUGAAGUUUAGAGUUUGCAGAGUUAGGAGGUGACAUACAAUGAGCGUGCAAGAAACGAACUGGGAAGUGAAUGUUAUUGCUGAAUGAUGGUACUUGUAGCAACUGUACACUUCGUAGCACGUGCAGUGUCAGCUUUGACUGUUACUCUGUGCUUCACUGUUGUAUAUCUGUACUGCUAACUGCAACUGCAAGCUAUUCUCUCACUUAGGGAGGCCAUAGGAGUCUGAAAUUACAGAAUAUGCGCUAGCAUUCUAAAAAAGAAAUCUUCAGGUUCACAUAUGACUUUAGGAUCUUGGAACUUUAGCUCUGGAGCAUAGAACGGCACGUUGUGGCAUUUCGAGGAAUCACUUAUGUAUACGACUGGGCCGCUGGUUUUUGUGCUUUGGACACAAAUAUGUCAUUGCACAGAAUGUUGCACAUGCUCUUUUUUUUACAUGCUUGCACUUGUACUGAUGUGUUGCCAUGCAGUUGCAGCAUCCUGCUUGUGCGAGUUGCACGGAAAUGCAUUAGCACACACUGCUGACCCGUAGUUUCUAGAUACAAAUGCCUGUUAUGCCAUCCACUGCUGUUGUGCGAGGAGCAAGGUGUGCUGCAACCACAUUACAGCGUGAGAAAAUGGGCACAUUUUCAAAGCAGAAAGUAUGCUUCUGAUAGUGCAAAUAUAUAGUGUUAUCUCUCAACAAGCAGUUGAUCAACCUACAGGCAGUUGCCAUAGCUAGGCUACAGUUGAUGCGUGCUGGAAGGACGUGGUAAUUUAGAGGCCAACUGCAAUGAAUAUUUCAAUUUGGCUAAAUUGCCUACAAAUUGGUGUACAUUGAAGCGACUUUGGAAAUGCUGAAAAGCUUGCAACUGUAUAGCUUUCUUAUGAACAGCCUUUAAAUAGUACUUUAGGUUAUGACAUGUGGUUAGCUGAUAUGACAAAAGCCCGGAAGCAUGGCCUCCGAGAUUUUCAGCGUGCCGCUGGCACCGCCAAAUCUCUGAGGUCACACAAAGAAGCUGCACUGGUUCGCAACAUUCUGUUUAUACCUAUUGAUGCCUCCCUCCCCCCUUACUUUGGUAUCAAAAACCAACUAUUUCUAUUUCUUUUCAUGGGACAUCCACUCGUUAUUUGAAAUGUAAAAUUUUGCACGGAGUCUGAAACUACGCCUUUUACGCAGUUCAAAGCUUUGUUCCAGUUGGCCUCUUAAAUAUAGCUGUAGCUGGGAGCUCUUGAAGAAGAGAAGGCAGCUGGCCAUUUCACAUACAAUUGCUGUCAGCCUAUGCGUACGUAAACCUUGAUAAAGUGGUAUUUAUGUACAAUUACAUCCUAACUUAGCCGACUAGUUUGCAUAGCAUCUGAGAAAGUGGGACAAUUUUGGUAGUCUUUCAUCACUUGUCGAUUGUGGUUUUACAGAGCAGCGUACGCUGUGUGAGAUUUUGUUGAAAAGCUCGUUAAAUAAGGUCAUCUACUGCUAGUUGAUGUUGUCAAGCCCAAGUACUUAUCUUGCUUUGUCUGUCUCGAAGUACACUUUAAAAGAUGUCGAGCCUGUACCGUAGUUCAUCCUGAGUGGCAGUACAAAUAUCUACGACGCACUGCAUAUCACAGGGGCCUACCUGCAUAAAAGCACAUCUACAGAGGUCAAGAACAACUAAACUGUAGCUUCAAAGAAAAACUUGGGUCUGCUUUCCAUGGUUUACGUGAAAAGCUUCAGCAGGUUGAGAUCACAAAUCUCAAAGUACUAAGUCUCAGCUCGCAAACUUUAUGUAAUGUAGGGUGAUUCUCUGUGCAAAUGUUUGUAAAAAAUCCUCCUAUCCGUGCACACUACUUUUGACUGGAGGACACAGUGGCUCCCUUGUCGCAUAAUAGAUAGUGUGAAGAAACCGGAAAAUUAUCGCUGUUUUUAUACAGAAUAGGAGAGCGGUAAUAACCUUUAUUAAAGCUGACUUGCUUUUAUUUUAUGCCAGUUGUUUCAGUUUUUUGUAAUGCUUGAGAUCACUCUUGCUUUAGCACCGAAGCAAAGGCUCAAUGUCUUGUGCAGUGGAUAGUAACUCUCGUUUGCCCCUUUUUUGGUUGAAUGAGCACUUGAGCACCCGUAUUUUAAUUGGUGCUGAUGUCGCAUCAUGUGGUUGUGGCAAUUUUAUUUAUAACUGUCACGUUCAACAAAUUAAUUUGUUACGAGUCAAAUGUUGUUUUUUUAUACACAAUUGUUUAGAGCACUUGUAUUGCAAAUGAACUUCUGUUAUUCAUUCUAGAUUUGAUUUUGUUUGCAAGCCUGCUAUGGGGGGUGGCCUUCGAAAGAAAUUUGUUUAACAGUGCAUUGUGGCCAUUGCUGUUACUAUAGCUGCGCAGUUUUGCACGUUAAAAUGCAUUGAUAGCUCUUCAAGAUUGGGAGUGUUUGUAGAUGGUGAAGUCUUAUUACUAGCAUUCACUUUCUAAUUAUUCUUUUAAUAUACUGCUGUUUUUGCCUCCAAAACACUCGCCUCUAGCAUUGCAUCUUGCUUACACUCAGCUUACGUGCAUACGUAACCAAUCUUAACUCGACAGCAGUAAUAACUUACUGGAUUGUAGAUUGCCGAAUGCAAGAGCUUCUCUUUUGUUUAAGUUGAUCUUAUAUCGUCUUUAUCUUUCAGGUGAGAAUUCUCAAUUCACUUCUUGUGCCUCAAUGUUAACCUCAUAGGUAGGACACCUUUAGAGGUAUGAGGAGUGGAUGUGUACCAUAUAUACUUUGCAGAUGAUGGAACGGCGUUGCAUCACGAAAAUGUGUGUGGUUUUGGGAUGGUAAGAGGGCACAGUGUACGCAUCUUUCGCUUCUUUUAUUCACUGCAGCCUGAAAUGCUCCUAGAGCCUGCAGCUUGUACUUGAAUGUAUUUAAGCUUUUGUUCAUGUGAUAUGGGAACUACUACACAACUUGUGCUCUUUGUAUGCAGCUUGGUUGCUGUCGGAAAUUGUGGGAAGCCUCACAUUGCUAGUCUUUCGCAAAGUGGCAUUUCUGUGCUGAGUGAAUACAUUAUUAUGCAUGUAUGCUUUUGUUUUUGGGCUUAUACUCUGCAGAUUGUAAAUAUUUUUAUGUCCGUAUACGUACUGCUGUUCUUUUGUAUCUUGUUGCUUGGAUUAUUCUCAACCAUGCUGGCAGCUAGCAUUCACUUGGACAAGGAAAAGAAUGCCUGCCGUACUGUACUAUUUGAAGUGGUUCACUAAUGUGUACCUCUGUGUAUAGUUCGUAAAAUGUGUUGCACUCUUCCAUAGAUGCACAUUUCAGUAUGUAUGUCGCAUCCUUAAUUGUGCCAUGAUUUUGCAGUAUUUGACAUGCACCUUCGCAUCUGUUACCUGAAUUUAGUUGCUGGCAUUAUGAGCAGACGUGCAUUUAUUUUAAUUUUAUCUUUCCGCUGUUUACGCUGUGGUCGCAUACCACAGCAGCAUGUUUGUCAAGAGUGAAGAUGAAUUGUUGAACUUGGGAUUUAAGAUUUUUACAUGCGACUUGUGGAGCUGAUGGGGUCGACGACGUUCCUUCAUGGUGAAGCUGUGUCGUACCGUUGUACACUUGUCGAGUUGUUUUUAUAGAGCUGGUUGCUGUAGCAUGUAAAUAAAGAAAAAGUUACGAACAGUG